AUGAAAACUAAUUUAACGUCACUAGAAAUUGAUGUGAGUUCGGGAAAAUUAAGAAAAUUUUAAAUUUGUUAUUUUUUUAAAGAAAAAAGUGAAUGAUGAGGCGCUUUACCAAACUGCAAGAGUGCGAUAUUCCCAACUCAUCAAAGAUUGCGAGGGAAAAUGUGAACUUUUCGAUUAUUUUCCGAAAUUUUAUCGGAAUUCAACAAAAACGUGGCGGUUUUAUGAUGAUCGGGGAUUUGCUUAUAUGACUGGUAUCAAUCAUGUAUCAUUUCAUGGUUUGGAACUUGUCAGGGAUGUUAUUCGAGAUGUUUGUGGAAAAUUAUGAUUAUUUUUGUUUGAAUUUUGUAUAAAGUAUUUAUUUCAUACUUUUUUUCUUUGAAGAAUCAACAAUGCUUUUUAAAGCUUAUUUUCAAAGUUUUUUUUCCCAAAAAAAAACUCACUUUCUCGAAAAAAUCCGAAAUCAUUGAUAGAAAUCGUCGUCCACAUCACAUCGUUUCCCCACGUCGAAAUGAAGCAAUUCCAUUUCUUGAACUACACUCGUUGAUGUGGAAUUUUCACGUUCACGCAUUCCUUAAAUUGAAUAAUCAUCAUUUUUUUCAGCGAAAAAAAAACACGAGAAAUAAAAGUAGAAAUGCAAUUUCGCUCCAGCGAACAAGUGAGCGCGUAGUUCUCUCGGACAAGUUUUCAUUUUUUUUUUGACUAGGGGGCCCUGCGCGAUUUUUAAGGGGUUCCCAGCUGGGAACCCUGAAAAUUUCUUUCGUAUAAAAUUAUUAUUUUAUGUUCUUAAAAAGUUAAUUUUAAGUAGGUUGAGAAGAUGCGUUUCUCCUCCUUUUUUGGUUGAGAAACUAAUCUGAAUAGCCUCAUAAAUCCAAACUAACCUCUUAAAAAUCCCAUUAAUUUUCCAGACCACUGCUCUAAAAUGGCUGUCCUCUGAUGAAUCGAUCCUAAUUGAAGAUCUCUACAAAAUCCCGGCUCUUCUUUUCCGAUGCGAUCGUCGAAUCCUCAAUUCUCCCAAACAUUUUCAAUGUUUCAUCAAAGCUCUCAAUUUCUUUUCGGUCGCUGUUCGCUCAGAUCUUCGCCUCAAAAUGAUGAUGUCAAAUGCCAAAUUCAUGUCUCUCAGUCAACACCAAAAACAAAUCAAUGAAAAUGAGUUGGAUUUUGAGAUGAUUGAGAAGAGGAAGAGAAUUGCCAGAAUUGCUUGUGAAUAUAUGCAUCGAGUUUUUAUUGAUUUUGAAGGAUUGUUGAAAGUUGUUCUUUAUCAGGUAAGCACAUUUUUCAUGAUUCGCUGAAAAAAUUGAUGAUUAUUCAAUUUAAGGAAUGCGUGAACGUGACAAUUCCACAUCAGCUAUUGUAUUUCAAGAAAUGGAAUUUCUUCAUUUCGAGGUCGGGAAAAAAUGCGAUAGUGGUGAAGAUUUCUAUCAAUGGUUUCGGAUUUUUUCGAUAA